AUGGUCGAACGUUUUCAUCGAACGCUCAAGUCCGCGCUUACCGCGCACGAAUCGUCGCAGUGGUCAACGAAACUGCCGAUCGUACUACUCGCGCUGCGCAACACCGUGAAAUCCGGUUUCGACCUAACGCCAGCUGAAUUGGUGUACGGUGCGACGCUUCGACUUCCCGGCGAGAUGUUCCACGCCGCACCCGCAGAGCCGCAGCCGCCCGAAUUGGUAGCUACGCUCCGAGAUUACAUGGCCCAACUUCGUUUCACGCCCGGUACGAACCACAACACGCGACGUGCCGCUUUCGUACCGAGUGACCUGAACCACGUCAGUCACGUCUUCGUGCGAGUCGACGCCGUCAAGCCGCCUCUCCAGCCACGAUACGAGGGACCUUUUGCCGUUGUAGAACGCCGCGAAAAAACAUUCCAGGUUCAGCGACAUCGAUCAACGACGUGGGUUUCAAUCGACCGACUCAAGCCAGCAUUCAUCGCCCGUGAAGACCCGACCGCCGAACAUUCGUACGCCGCGCUUUCGGUCGACGACCCCCCGAAAAAACGUGUCCGUUUUUCUCUUUCCGAGGGGGAGUAA